AGCUCCCGCGUUCGCUUAUUAAGGCAUUAUGUUGCUCAUGUCCUGAACGACAAAUGGGCGCCUAUUUCUGAACAAAUAAUUUUCUUUUUACGGCGGGCUACCCAUUCAGCGAACAUUCAACAUAUUUUGGGGAUUUGUCUAAUUACACCGUUGGAAGCAGGCCGAUCAUUUAUGGAAAAUCAUUACUGUUUCCAUCUGUGUGGCGCGCUUAGCGAAACAGAAAUUAGCGGUCAAGAAGUCACCUUUGAAUCAAAUCUUUCCUAUACCGUGAUCACAAUCAACGGCUAAAACUACAUAGCCAUAAAAAAUAUAAAACAGCCCGAAAUUAAACCAAAAGGAAAAUGGAGGCCGUUCUGAUUUCGGGCGCCCAAGGAUUAAACAGCGAAGGACUUGAAGGAGUGGACAGUGGCCGGCGAUAUCGCCAUCACUCGGUCGACGGGCGCCCAAAUCCGCCUUCAACAUCGCGAGGAAGAUUUUCUCCAGAAGGACGUCCAUCCCUGCGCGGGCGAUUUAACAGCGACCUCGGUACAGGCGCCUUCGAACAAGCCGCGAAAUAUUUACGUCCGGAUAAAAUAUCCGUCUAUCCUCUUUUCGGAGGAUCGACGAAAAGAGGAGGAGUUAGAGUUAAAAUUAACGUGAGUGGAAUGAUUUUUGAAACCCUCGAGUCAACGCUUUCCCGCUUUCCAGAUUCGCUAUUGGGGUCACCGAUGAAGCGCGAAAAAUAUUACGACUCAAAGAAGAGAGAAUUUUUCUUCGACAGAAAUCGAGUUGCAUUUGAUGCUAUUUUGUAUUUCUAUCAAUCACGCGGAAAACUAUUGAGACCCGUCGAGAUUGACCGCAAAACUUUUUGCGAGGAAAUUCAGUUUUUCGAAUUGGGAGAAGACGUUAUCGAACGUUUCAAAGAAAUGGAAAUGAACGUGGUAGACCAAGACAUUGGUCCUCUACCGGAAAACCCGAUUCAAAGGAAGAUAUGGCAAGUAAUGGAGCUACCACAUUCAUCUCUUCCAGCCCAGAUUGUCGCCAUUUGGUCAGUAGUUGUGAUUUUAGUGUCAAUAGUUAUAUUUUGCAUCGAAACACUGCCUCAAUUUAGGGAAAGUCGUAACGAUAAGAACUCGGCGCUGUAUGGCUUGGAAAUUUUCUGCGUUGCUUGGUUUACCUUUGAGUAUGUUGUUCGCUUGCUCGCGGCACCUCAAAAACUGCGUUUUUUACGCUCGUUUCUGAACAUCAUUGACCUAGUUGCUAUUUUACCCUAUUACAUUAUACUCGGUUUAUCUGUGAGUGGUGGCGAUGAAUCCGGUAAUACUUCGUACGUAGCCUUUUUCCGCAUACUUCGACUAGUGCGAGUUUUCAGAAUCUUCAAAUUAUCCAGACACUAUCGCGGUUUGAAGAUCCUUGGCAUGACGCUGAGAGCGAGUCUCCGAGAGCUUCUUUUGUUGUCCUUCUUCCUACUCAUGGGUGUUAUAAUAUUUUCCAGUGGAGUUUACUACGCGGAGAGUGCUAAUUUUGGAAGCAUCCCCGAAGCAUUUUGGUGGUCUGUAGUUACUAUGACAACGGUUGGAUAUGGAGAUAAAACCCCCACUACCGCAUGGGGAAAGGUGAUUGGCUCCAUGUGCGCAGUCGCAGGAGUACUCACACUAGCUCUGCCUGUUCCAGUGAUUGUAUCAAACUUCAGUUAUUUCUACAAUCUGGAUAAAGAGAAGAGAGCGGAGACUAGCGACUAUGAAUCUGUUCCUAACACUUCUCAAGAGCGAAUGUCUGAAUCGCCGUAGGAUAGGAUCGCCUGGUGUGUUUUCUGCGGAUUCACCUGAAUUUAUUCCCGUCGAAUUUGAAAGAACAGCGGUGUCAACAUGCGUAAUAAACGAAGGGUUGACAUGAACAAACUUGACAAUCGACUCCGCAAAUAUUUUUUUCCUCGAAGAAUCAUCCGCUGAUCUUUCAUCUCACGAUUUUUAAAAGAGUUAAAGCCUUGUACACGUUUGGGUUUCACAUGGUGAAGCGCUGGCCAUGGUGCAAGCGUACCUUUUAAUUUGAGACUCCAAAUUGUCUUUGUGGUUUUUUCGAUAACGUAUGUUAAUUGUAGUGAGGCAAAGUAAAUCCACUUUUCACGAAAUAACCAGAAAAGAAGCUUGAUGGGAGCGUCACCAGUAGUUCCUUCCUUUCCUGUAUUUUAUCUGAUAUCAAGGCUUCUUUUCCGUACAGAGCUGGCAAACAAAGCGAAGAUAAUCGGUUUAUACCACUGGGAUAUUCCACGAUACCUAUCAGUUUUGAAAUGUUUUCCAUGAUUUUCCGAGAGAUAGCGAACCGCUCUUCAUUGAGCAAAUGCAGUCACUAAACCAUGUCUUUUCAUUUAUUCAAAUCAUGUAUAAAUUUCUCUGAUCACGGAAGACUUUGAAUGUACUAAAGAAAAAAAAAAUUGACUUUUCAAAACAGUAAAGCAAAACAGUAUCAAUACAACCAAUUUCAAAUCUCUUGCAAAACUGAGAUGUGUAAAUUACCAUUAUCGUUUUAAUUUUUCCGGAUAUGUUGCGCAUGAAAUAGAUAAAUUUUGUGCAGUUUCUAUAAGUAGAAACAAAUUGGUGAAAUCGACGAAAUCGAACGACUUUCAAUCGUUCGAUUUCGACCAAGCGAGGUAAACAGUGCGGUAUCCAGUCUUAAUCUAUUUUCUUGAACAGGUGUCGAUUUAGUCCCACAGAUUGUAUCUCAUUGGAUGGAUGAUCAGUUCACUUUUUUUCAUUCACCAUUAUUAUCUUUUUUUUUCUUUGAGUGAAACACAUUGACUUAAGUAAAUAUUCAUAGACAGGGCGAGCUCGGAGCUUUUGAUCGAACGUUCUCUAAAAUGAAUAAUUAAAAGUCAUUUGCCGAGCUUUUAAAAAUUUCUCAAUUAUAGAAACUGAAUGUUUUCCACUUAUUUCACUUAAUUUCAUUUUAUACUUAUUUUCUAACGCGAGCCAAAAUGUCCUAAUUUGUGAAUGUAAGCGAAUAAUUGAGUAGCGUUUUUCGCAAUUCUUAAGUGUGAAACUGACAAGCUCGGCUUGAAGCAAAGUCAAUUAGUUCUUAAUAUUAUGUAGCAUUUUACACCACAUGUAAAUCAAACGCAAAAGUUUUAUUUAUUUUUUAAACCAGUUUUAGCCUACUGGGUGCUGGUAAACACAGGAGCUUUGAGGAAAUCUCCUGGUCAGCUCUGAUACUUCAUGAAUAAGAAAUAAGUGCUUAAGCUUGUGAUGGUAUUUUGACUAGAAACGAAAUAUUGUAGAAUAUUGUAGAUCUCGAGAGCGCUUGAGGGUUCUGAAGAUAGCAAUACAGAAAUCCGGCGACAACAGCUGGGACUCUAUUAGUCCUAUUACAAAGCUCAACGGUCUUUUAAAUACAUUUAUACAUUCUCAGCAGUUUUCAAGAAAUAUUAAUCGCACCACUUAUCAAUUUUGUUGUAAAUUGAGUACAUAUGUCUAAAAUGUUACAAUUAACGUGUGAAGUGCGAACGGCUUUCCUUAACUUAAAUCACCAAUUUUAUAUGAGGCACUAACAAAAUUUAAAAUUGACAGUCCCCUGAGGACUAUGGAUUUCGUGCGAAUCCUACACAGCGCAUUUCUAGUUACGCCGGGCGCGUUUCUUCAUGAGCUACACCAACGGCCAAAUUGAUGCGUUUUUUAUCAUUCCUCAUGGCCGUGUUGCAAUUACAACUGAGAUCAAAUCCGUCGCAUUUCGAUUUUGAAAAACCAAUGAAGAAUAUACGUGGUAAAUUCAUACCUCAAUCAGCAACAUUCAGAAGGAAAGUUGAAUUUGAUGCGUUGAGAAUAAAGAUUUAUGCUAAUGUUCAUUCGUUAGCUUUUAUAUCUGCAAUUAGCCUCUUUACGUGUGUACAAGUAUUU